CAAGAUUUAUUACAACUAGAUGCAUAGCCUAGACCGUAGGACAUGAAGGCGCUAUAAAAGGACAGGUCUUAGCCUACCCCGUCCAGUCUCCAUUAGAAGAUCUAAGCUACAAACAACCUAACAAUGUUCAAACUGACGCUUAUUGUCGCCUUUAUUGCGGUUGCGCAAGCCGGCGUGAUCGCACCCGUGGUCCCUGUUGCUCACGUGGCCCCUGUGGUGGCCCACCCCGUGGCAGUGUCUCACACGAGCUCCGUGGUGCACCACGGGCACCCUAUCGUGCAUGCAGCGCCACUGGUCCACCCCGUCCCGGUCGUCCACGCCGCACCCGUUGUACCAGUUGUCAGGCACCAUGCGCCCAUCAUCGCUGUUCAUCAUUAAUUUUAAGGAGGAAGUACCCGAAUUAAAUAGCUCAAAAUUAAUACAGUUGAUAGACCAUUUGUUUCGUUAACUUAGAUAAAUUAAAAGGAAUAUUUAAUUAUGAAGAUAUGUUAACUAUAUAAAUGUAUUAUUCUGUGUAGCACACACACACUACAAAUAAGCAUUGUUUUAAUGGUGUCAAUUAAAAGCGGAUCAAAUGUGAGAUAAAGAUUUAAGAGGGCAAAACUUCUAUUUAAUUAAAUAUGAUCGACUUGUUUUUUUA